AUGACCCUCUCCAUCAUCGCCGAAGAGACUGGUCUCGUGCCCGCUGGCAUGCAACCAUACGGCCCUGACGACUACAGCAUGCCGCCAACCGACUUCGGCCACGUCAUCGCACCUCGCAUCGAAGCGACCCACAACUUCAAGAACGCGCCGGCGCUCGAUAUCCUCUUCGUUCCCGGUGGGCUCGGCGUUGUGACCCUAGACCAAAACAACGACACUGGGGUGGCAGACUUUGUCAAGAUGCGCCUCGCUUCGCUCGAGUACCUGGUCGGCGUAAGCUUCGGCGUAGCGACGCUUGCGAACGCUGGUGUGCUCGACGGCAAGAAGGCGACAACGAACAAGUCUGGGUGGGCGUGGAUAACGGAGCGCGGACCGAACGUGACGUGGGUGCCGCAAGCGCGCUGGGUCGAGGACGGUCUCGAUGCGACAUACGCCCUCUUGAGCAGAUUCUACGGCGCACAACCGCUCAACUACCUGCUCAACGUGAUUGAGUAUGCGCCGCACCUGGACCCUGCCUGGGACCCGUACGCGACGACAUUCAACGUCCCCGGUUCGCACAACUCGUCCUCGCAGGGUUGCGUCAACCCUGUCCCGAUGCCUAUGCGAUAA